AUGAAUCCGGGACCGUUCACGGUGGAACAAGAACAGGUAUUGCGGUCGCUACCAAAAAUACAAGAUGGUCAGGAUAAGGUUAUCGAGGCGCUCAAAGACAUUAAAGCUAAUCAGAAGGUUGCUGACGAUGAGCUCACAGAAAUUACGACUCGACUAGCCGCGAUUGAACGUGACGUCGGUGAUUUGAAAGAGCUAAGGGCCGAUUUCCAACAGCUUAAAUCUGAGAACUCCUCACUUGCAGCCCAGUUGGACCGGGUUGAAAGGCGCCAAGAUGACCUUGAAAAUAGGUCACGCAGAAAUAACCUGGUGUUUUAUGGAUUGAAAGACUUAUCAGGCGAGAGUUGGGAAGACUGUGAACGUCCGGUGCUGUCUCUCUGCUCGGACCAUCUGGGUGUCCAGGUGACGUCAUCGGACAUUGAACGGGCUCACAGGUUAAGGAGAAUGUCACCGCGAACAAUUUAUUUUUAUGAAAACGGUAACAGCGAAAACGAUCAACUACGUGCGAAGCAAGCUGAGCUUGAAUACAUGCAGCGGCGAUACAACCUUUUAUUCUAUGGGCUACCUGAUGCCCAGUCAGUGUCCUGGGCUCAGUCAGAGGAAAAGCUGAUCAAUGUGCAUUCACCCAGCUUGAAAGUACCACCCUCUGAAAUACUAGUCGAAAGAGCACACAGGCUUGGCGGCUUUUCUUCCAAUAAGUGCCGGUCAAUCAUUGCCAAGUUCUCUUCUUUCAAGCUCAAGCAGCAAAUACGUAUCAGCAGUUCUAAGCUGAAGGAAGAAAAUAUUACCGUUAGUGAAGACUAUUCGCCCGCUACUCGCCUUGCUAGAAAGAAACUGUCUGAAUUCGGCAAAACCCAGUCCUCAAGUUUUAAGCUUCGUUUCAACAAACUGCACAUAAAUAAAAAGUGCUAUAUAUACAGCCCCUCUGAUGAUUGCGUGCGUGAAAUCUCGGGUGCCUUUAAGCCGUCAGCCGAAACUUCCGGUAUCGCGCACAAAUCGCCUAAUGCCUCUGUGUCACCCGCCGCUGAAUAGCGCUGCGCGAGGGGAAGUGCACCAAAGUUACCUGUCACAAACCAACUUUCGUUUCUUUUCACAAACAUUAGAAGCCUAAUUCCAAAACGUGACGAUCUCUGCUCUGCUAUCGAUGCCUCUGACGCCGACAUAAUCUGUCUUACUGAAACCUGGUUGUCUGCGCAGGUUGAUAACAGUGAAUUGUUUGAUCGCAAAAAAACGCUACAACAUUUAUCAGUGUGACAGAGGUGCUCGGUGUGGCGGAGGCGUGCUUAUAGCGAUUUCGGACACGAUUUUGUCUUUUCCAAUUCAUCUCAGUAACGAUUUAGAACUUGUUCUGGUUGAAAUACAAACGUGUUCUAAGAAGUUGAUAUUGGGCGCUUGCUAUCGACCACCAUCCUGUUCACCCACUUUUGUUGACGAGCUUCAUGAUGUCAUUUACAUGUUAACAAUACGGUAUCCGAGUAGUCCGCUCCUUUUACUAGGUGACUUUAACUUCCCAAAUAUAGUUUGCUAUAGCGUGCGUUCCACUUGUCAUCCUUUCUCCGGUAUGGGCGACGCGUUUUUGAAUUUGUGCAACGAUUUUAACUUGUCCCAGCUAGUGACGCAGGCAACAAGAAUUACGUGUACCACAUCUAACAUCUUAGAUCUAGUACUCACCACUGCACCUGGUCUUUUCCAUCCCAUAUCCUACUUACCGGGGCUAAGCGACCACUUGCUGCUUCAUUUUUCUUUCGCCUGCUCAGUGUCUCAUAGCAGCAACCACAAAAAAUAUAUCCGGGACUAUAAACAUGCAGAUUUCGAUGCUGUUAAUCACGAACGCUCUGCUUUUUUGGGUGAUUACAUGCACAACUUUUAUGAUCGCUCCGUAAAUACUAACUGGAUUUUGUUCAAGGAAAAGGUUCUAUCACUCAUAGAAAAAUAUGUGCCGCGCAUAGUCAUCACAUCUAACCGGCAAUCGCCAUGGUUCAGUCAAUCGCUAAAAAGACUACGCAAUAAGAAAAAACGCAUUCUCCACUCUGCAAAGCUAAUCAGUACUCAAGAGCGUUGGAGUGCUUAUCAGACCGUGGCUACUGAAUACAAACAAGCCCUCAAAGAUGCAAAGGAUCUAUUUUUCAAUACUACAUUGCCAUCUCUUUUACAUACUAACCCUAAGCAAUUUUGGAAUGUAGUCAACAAAGGAGA